CCGGAUGUUUGGAAUUACUGUUUAUACUUUCGAGGCGCCGGCAGUGAGGAGUUCCCUGUGUGCAGCCCCGUUCCUUAUGGGCUUCCCCGAAGAUGAGACGUCUCCACGACAAAAAAUUGAGACAGAAAAGCUGCUGACCCCCGUGAAUAGUUAUGGAUCUCAUGAUAGGGAUAUGAGGCCAGUCUUAGGAUCUACUGCCUUUCACCCAGAAGAGGAAGAAUUCCGAAGGUGUCUCAAAUAUUACUUCAUGAGCCCCUGUGACAAGUUUCGUGCCAAAGGUCGGAAGCCAUUUAAAUUGGUGCUUCAAGUUAUCAAGAUUUUAAUAGUCACCAUUCAGCUCAUUCUCUUUGGGCUCAGCAAUCAGAUGGUGGUAACAUUCAAAGAGGAGAACACUAUUACAUUUAAGCAUCUCUUCCUGAAGAACUAUGCAGAUGGGUCAGACGAUACCCAUGCAGUUUACACACAAGCAGACGUCUAUGACCAUAUCUUCCAUGCAGUGGAAAAUUAUUUAGCCAUUCCGAGUGAGACAAUUGGACGUUAUGCCUAUGUUCACCCAGACAAUGCUAACCAAUCAGCCCUCAUGCUCUGUCAGCAAUAUUACCGCAAGGGAAGAAUUGACCCAGCCAAUGAUACUUUCAACAUUGAUCCCAAGGUCAUCACAGAAUGCCUUGGUGUGGAUCCCCCAGAGAAGAUCCCUCCUCCAUCUGAACUCAGAAGGAAACAUCCAGAUCUAGCAUUGGACCGCAGCUACAAAAACUUUACUCUUAAGUUUUACAAGCUCAUUAAUGUCACAAUUGACUUUAGACUAAAAGCCAUCAACAUCCAAACAAUAAUCAACAAUGAAAUUCCAGACUGCUACACUUUUUCUAUAACAAUUACAUUUGACAAUAAAGCACACAGUGGCAGAGUGAAGAUCCGUUUGGAUAACAAAGUGGACAUUCAAGAAUGCAAAAACCCAAGUAUCUCUGGCAAAGGAGACAACCGUUUCCGGAUGUUCUUUGAUGUGGUGGUGAUACUUAUCUGUGUCCUAUCUUUCAUCUUGUGUUCCCGCUCAAUUAUCAAGGGGCUUCGACUGCAGCAUGAGUUCAGCCGGUUCUUUCAGCAACGCUACAGCCAAAAUAUCUGUCUCUCUGAUCGCAUGGAAUUUCUUAAUGGCUGGUACAUUUUGCUAGUGGUGAGCGACAUCCUUACGGUGUCUGGCACAAUAAUGAAAAUUGGGAUAGAGUCCAAGAACUUUGCUGACUAUGAUAUCUGUGGCAUCCUUCUGGGUACCUCCACACUCUUGGUCUGGGUUGGGGUCAUGCGCUACCUGAGUUUCUUUCAAAAAUACAAUAUUCUCAUUGUUACCAUGAGGGUUGCCUUUCCCAAUGUCAUUCGCUUCUGCUGCUGUGUGGCAGUGAUCUACCUGGGCUACUGCUUCUGUGGAUGGAUAGUCCUGGGUCCCUAUCAUGUCAAGUUCCGCUCUCUCUCAAUGGUGUCUGAAUGUCUAUUCUCCCUCAUCAAUGGGGAUGAUAUGUUUGUGACAUUUGCCAGCAUGCAGCAGAGCAGCUACCUGGUGUGGCUUUUCAGUCAACUAUACCUGUAUACCUUCAUCAGCCUUUUCAUCUAUAUGGUGCUCAGCCUCUUCAUUGCUCUUAUCACUGGGUCUUAUGAGACCAUCAAGCAUCAGUGUGAGGGGGAAGCAUCUGUUACUCAGCUCCAUGCCUACAUAGCUGAAUGCAAAGACAGCCCCGAAUCUGGCAUGUUCCGCAAGGAAAACAGCUCGUCAUGUUCUAUUUUCUGCUGCUGUGAAGGAAGCCCGAUGCAGGAGAAUGUGUUGGUGGUGAACUGAGAGCCUCAUGGGAACAAAGAGGACUGUUUUGCUGCUUCCCGAUGGACUGUCUGGGAGACAAAGUGCCUGGAAGUGGACUACAAAUAAGCGAAGAGUGGUCUUUAAUGACAGGGUUUGGGAUAUGAGAGAUAGCAGCUUGCAGUGUGAACCCUAUGUCUGUUCCCUACACAGCUGUUGCAAUAGUCCUCUGACUAACAAGAUUGCUGGGGGAAAAGGAGGAAAAAUAGCUUUUUAAAUAACCUUAGUAGGGCGCCAUUAGACUUUAUUGAAAUCACUACAGUAGAUCCCAUCUUUUUCAAGUUGGGUGAAACUAGGUUUGCAAAGCAUUAUCACAAGAAACGCACAACUUUUUUUAAAAAAACUUUGUUUUAGAAGAAGAAAAAGGAAUAGUAAAUAGGACACGGCAGGAAUAAUCAAGGCAAAACCCUUGUGUUAGCUCUGAGAUCCUUAAGUCACCCAUGCUUCCACUGGUUAUUUCAGUGAAUCCAUUUUCCUGAGAAAGGACUGACCCAGUGGCAUUAUUCUUCAAGCAACAUACAAAGGAGUAAACUUCUCUUGAAAAUAAAAUAUUCUCUUCUGAUUGUUACCUGGAAGGUUCAGAAUGCUAUAGAAUGAACUGAAAUUAAUGAGUGGGGUUCGAAGGGGCAAAAGCAGCUACUUCAAAAUACGGAGCAAGACUUCUCCCAUCUUUUCCUGUUCAAGAGUGAUACACGUAUUUCCAUCUUAGCAGUAUUCUAUUGGUCUAUGUAGUAUUUCUAGGUGUGUCAUCCGUAGUGAAUAUUGCUUGUUUACUGUGACAUUCUAGUCAAAUCAUUUUUUCUGGGUUGCAAUUUCUGUGUAUGAAGAAUAGAUCAUGCUCAUUUAUCAAGCAGAGAGUAUUGUACUUGAACAGGAAUAUAAGUAGAUAAAAACAUUUAGCCAGAAUUGAAACACUCUUGGCUUGUAGUAGCAGAACAUCUUGUUUUAUUCAGAAGAGGAUGAUGGUAGCUCAGGAUUGGCAGCCUGGCUUGGAAAAAUUCUGUCAACCAUUUGGUCAUUUUUGUACAAAAUGCCAGAAUGGAGAUAUUUUGCAAUUUGGUAAUGAAGAGACAAUAUCCAUGUCACUAUUUGAAUGAGAGACUGACCCUGCUCUUUAUGGGUAUCAGAAUUUGAGCUGAAAACUCUCCUCACUGUAAUGCUGAAGUGCCCAUCAUCCCCUGGAAUUCUCUCUGGUCUAGUUCUGAUCUCUCCUUCAGUGACUCAAGGCUUGUCUCACCUGAUAAAGUUGCUUUGAGCAGAUAAUCUUACAGAUGUAUCAUUUCAUCUUCAACUUUACAAAAUAGCUCAUGACCCAAAAGAUGAAAAGCACCAGGUAUUUUUUUUACUUCAGAAGCAGAAAUUUAGGAAUUGCCCUUUUGGACUUUUAUUACAGGGUAGGAUUAAUUAUAUCCUCCCACCACUGUAUGUUCCUGUCUAUUAAAUAACAAGUUAGUUUUAAAAAAUCAAGUGACCCAAAUAAUGUUAAAUAAGGACCAGUUGUUUUAAAGCAGUAAUUUAAUACAACUGUAACAAAGAAUACAAUAUUAAUUUGAAUUUUUCCUGUUAUAAUUUAUGAAGUACAGU